ACCGUUCAUUCGUUUUCGUGCCGUUCACAAUUUGCAUUGAAUCACUUUUUCAUUUCUUUUUCUGUUUUAUGUUCUGUUUGGGUCAACGUCAACGGCAGCAAAAUGCUUUGAAUAUUAAUCAGAAAAACUACGCCUAAAAAUUAAAAAUCACUUUGAAUUCUACGCGGUGAAGGCAGAAAAAAGGGAGUGCGGUACUGCGACACCGGCGAGCCAUCAACGAGAGAUAGACAUACGUACAGACAUACAUAUGUAUGUACAUUUGCAUGUGCGUACAUACACACAUAGGUUCUAGAAGCAGAGGUUGCGGCAGCAGCGUAAGCAUUUUGACGUUGCAGUUCGACGAACAGAAAACAGAAAUAAAAAAUCAGAAGCCAGCCGGCAGCAGAGAUUAGGAGUCGAGUUUCUGGCACUGUGUCCUAGAAAAAUAGGAAGAAAGAUUAAGGAAAUGGAUGAGAAUUCGCAUGUACUGAGUAUGCUUGGUGGCUUGGCUAUUGGCAUUGUCGGCUUUCAGUUCUUUCGCAAGGUUUUGCCCUGGAUAUACUCUAACGUGGUGGGGCCGACGGUCUUCGGAUCCACCGUAAACCUUGCCAAAAUGGGCGAAUGGGCAGUUGUUACUGGGUCCACGGAUGGAAUUGGCAAGGCCUACGCCAAGGAGCUGGCUCGAAAAGGACUGAAGCUGGUGCUUAUCAGUCGAUCGUUGAAUAAACUGAACGACGUUUCCAAGGAAAUAGGCGAUGAAUUUGGGGUGGAGGUGCGUGCCAUUGAUGUGGAUUUCACAGGCGGCCCUGAAAUCUAUGAAAAGAUACGCGAAAAAACCACUGGCCUGGACGUCGGUGUGUUGGUGAACAAUGUAGGAAUCAGCUACAGUCAUCCCGAAUACUUUCUGGAUUGCUACAAUGCGGAUCCGAUGUUUUUGAACAAUAUUGUGGCAGCCAAUAUACACUCGGUAACGCAUAUGAGCGCAUUGUUCUUGCCGGGCAUGAUUUCCAAGCGCAAAGGAGUCAUCAUCAACUUGUCGUCCACUGCCGGCGUCAUUCCGAAUCCCCUGCUGAGCGUAUACAGUGCUACCAAGGCCUUUGUCAACAAGUUUAGCGAUGAUCUGCAGACGGAGUAUAAGGAGCACGGCAUUAUCAUCCAGAGCGUCCAGCCGGGCUUCGUGGCCACCAACAUGUCCAAAAUCCGCAAGGCCAGUGUGUUUGCCCCGUCACCCGAAACUUAUGUGAAGUCUGCGCUCUCAACUCUUGGUAUUGCCAGUCAGACCGCUGGAUAUUUGCCCCAUGCCCUGCUCCAGCUAGUUAUCCACUUCACAGAAGCUGUGUUCGGUGAUCAGUUCGCCCGCAGUUUGGUUCUCAAGAAUAUUUUGGGCACUCGUAAGCGUGCACUUCGUCGCCUCGCCAAGGAUCAGUAGAUCCUAUGACGCUCUUGCCUGCAGUGCCGGAACCCAAUGAUAGAAGGAUGCAUUUAAGAGAAGUCUAGUAACGAAUCAAUGGAAUUUAGGUGGUCGGUAGCCAUAGCGAGCGAAAUUUGACUAGAUAAUAUAUCAUCACGUGUCAUGCAUACAUUUAUUUGCAAACAUAAACUUUGAAUACCAAAAAUGUUUCCAAAUUCAAUCAAGUUUAACUAGCUUUUUCAGUUAAAUAUGAUUGCUAAUUAUAAAACGAAAUACGCCUGCAGUGUCAUUGCUACUUCGAAAAAGA